CGGUGUUGGUUUUCUGACGCUCUUACUCGUGUACACCCGCCCGUGUUUGAUCCUUCACCUGCUCCGUUCUGCCACCAAUACUGCAGCUGGCUACUUCAAGUCCUUUCACUCAAAUCCUGCAGACCUAAGCAUGGCCGAAUCAUUUCGUCUGAGUGCAACCGAGGCCCAGGCCAAAAUCAACGGCGGCUCUCUCACGGUAGAAGACUAUGCUAAAUCGCUUCUAUCACGAAUUGAGCAGCGUGACUCGGCCGUUCAUGCUUGGGCUUACCUAGACCAUGAUCUCGUGCUUCAACGGGCCCGAGAACUCGACAACAUUCCUCGAGAACAGCGAGGGCCCCUACAUGGUAUCCCAAUCGGCAUCAAAGAUGUGAUAUUAACAAAGGACAUGCCUACACAGUACAAUUCGCCUCUGUAUGAAAAUCAGGCGCCGAAGAUAGAUGCUGGUUGUGUUGCGACACUCCGGCACAGCGGAGCGCUGAUCUUUGGCAAGACCACAACAACUGAAUUUGCUGCUACUACCGUGGGCCCCCCUUACAACGGUAUCAAGACAGCCAACCCGCAUGAUCCAACGCGAACUCCUGGAGGCUCUUCUUCCGGUUCGGGAGCGGCAGUAGGUGACCUACAGAUUCCGAUCAGCCUUGGAACGCAGACGGGUGGAAGUACCAUUCGUCCCGGAUCAUUCAAUGGGAUAUAUGCACUGAAACCAACGUGGAACUCAAUUUCUCGGGAAGGGUUAAAGAUAUAUUCUUUGAUCUUCGAUACAUUGGGCCUAUAUGCACGAAGCGUAGACGAUCUCAAACUGCUACUAGACGUCUUCAAGGUGGUUGAUGAUGAACCAGGCGAAGAAUUCAAGGUCAAAGGAGCCAAAUUCGCUUUAUUGAAGCUUCCUACGCCUGAAUGGCCUGAGCUCGGUUCUGGAACCAAGGACGCACUCAAGAAAGGUGCUGAACUACUACGAGCGCACGGUGCAGAGGUGGAAGAGAUCGAAUUACCCGAAGAGUUCAAAACGAUGCCAAAGUGUCACACUCGAGUACAAGCUGGAGAUGGACGUGUGAGCUUUCUGUCGGAUUACUUGCGUGCGAAGGAUCAACUUGAUCCCUUGCUCAUUCAACAUGUCGAAAACACGAAUAAAUUCACCAGAAAGGAGCAGCUGCAGGCUUUUGACGCGCUAGCAGCAAUGAGACCAAAGAUCGAUGCUCUUGCAGAUCAGUACGCUGCCAUCAUUGUUCCAAGCGUCCUCGACGAGGCGCCUGUAGGACAGCAAAGUACCGGCGAUGCCGCAUACUGUGCACCUUGGACAGCCAUGCAUGUACCUGUCGUCAACAUCCCUGGCUUCAAAGGGGGCAAUGGUCUCCCAAUCGGACUUAGCUUGUUGUCAGGUAGAUAUAGAGAUCAGCAUCUUUUGAGAGUAUGCGGAGAGGUAGGCAAGAUUUUCGAGGCUGAAGGAGGCUGGACCAGAUGAUAAUUGUAUAAAGAACACGCUAUU